UUGUUUGCUCUAUUAAUCUCUUCAUCUCCUCGUUUUAUUUCACCUCUUCGCCAGUUUUUUAAAUUGGUUUUGGACGUAUCCGAAUUCGCGCUCUUGAGAACCCUAGUCGAUCCUCGGGGAAAAUUAUUCCCCAUCGAUUCGUUGGAGAUCGGAUCCGCUGAUCUCCUCGAUUCGAUCUCUGGAUCCUCUUUCCGACGGGCUCCGUCUCGACCGAAUCCGUGCUCUCUCAUUUGGGUUCUGGAUGACGCAGGGAGUGGAGGGUUGGAGAGGGGAUCGGGUACGGAAGCGGCGGGGAUGAAUUCUGAUGGUGCUGUAGCUCCGCCGGCUGCGGCGGCGGCGGGGAAGGCGGCGGCGCCUCCGAAGAAGGAUCGGCGUAUCGUCAGCUGGACUCCAGAGGAGGAUGAUCUGCUCCGGGAGCAAGUCGCUCUUCAUGGAACUAUCAACUGGACGAAAAUUGCAUCUCAAUUCAAGGAUAAGAGCGGGAGACAGUGCCGAAGAAGAUGGAAUUCGUACUUGAAUUCAGAGUGUAAGAAAGGUGGAUGGUCGCCAGAAGAGGACAAUCUCUUGUGUGAGGCUCAGAAGGUUUAUGGGAACAGAUGGACUGAGAUUGCAAAAGUAGUCUCUGGCAGAACAGAUAAUGCAGUCAAGAACCGAUUCUCUACCCUCUGCAAGAAAAGAGUGAAGAAUGAGGCUUUAUUCAAGGAAAAUAGCGGUUCAUUCCUGAACCCAAAUAAGAGGGUCAUAAUUCAAAAUGGAUGCAUCACAGUUCAGACAACGGAAUUAUCGCUAUCCACAAAGCAGAUGAGGUACAAUAUUUCAGAUCUUAAAGAAAAUAAAAUAAGGGAACAAUAUCUUGGGAACCAUGGAAUGAAAAAAGAUCAGUUAAGGUCUCCUCUGGCAGGGCUUGCUCAAAACUGUAACACUGCGGGCGGAUUGCUGAAUCAACAUCUCAUUGGAAAUGACCCAAGGACAGCAGUGUGUGAUGAUAAUAAGACUAAAGGUACCUUUCUUAGAAAGGAUGAUCCAAAAUUAACUGCCUUGCUUCAACAAGCGGAGAUGCUAAGUUCCCUUGCACAAAAAGUUAAUGCAGAAAACACCAAGGAGAGCCUUGAUGAUGCCUGGAAGGAAAUCCAAGACUACCUUGCCCAAACAGAAGAGACUGGAUUACUGAAUAGGAAAAUUUCUGGAACAGAUUUUCUACUGGAUGACUUCAGAGACCUCAUGGAGGAUCUAAAGGGCACCAAUACAAUAAGUCAGCAAUCUUUGAGGCAAUCUGAUUUGCAUCAAAACAGUCAAGGAAGCUCAGAGCGCAGCACGGGGUCAACUGACCACUUCGAAACUCAAAGAAAUGACAGGGAUCAUUGGACUGACAAUUGUUCAUUUAACAACGAUGCAGAGGUCAAUGGUCCUCAUGAAAAUGUGCGGCUUCCAAGUAUAAGCACUCAUCAAGAGGAAGUCUCGCCUCCUACCAAAAGGCCAAAGGAGAAUGAUGAAAACAAUUGCAAUGUUUCUAAUUCUCAGUUUGCCUCACCUCUUCCAACAACCCCACCUUUCCGAUCAUUAGCAGAUGGGAUUCGAACCCCAGAAUUUACAGCAAGUGAGAGGCGUUUCUUGCUGAGUAUAAUUGGCCUGCCAUCACCAGCCCCCAGCCCCAAAUCCUCUCAACAGCCAACCUGCAAAAAGGCUCUUCUUGAUGGCCUUUAACAAAUAGUGCCAUUUCUGAAGGUCUUUUUACAUCUCUCUAAACAUUUUCAUAUUUAGAAGCUCUGAAAAAUCAUCUUUGUCCCAAUAUUGUGAUAAUCUAUUUGUAGGUUCUUCUUGUUGCCUUUUUUGGUGAGCCAUGGACCUUCUCCUGUUUUUCAUCAAAAGUUGUUCUUAGGUCUGUAUCUGAUGUGUGUUGCCCGGUGCUUUGAAAUGUUCCUUGGCCUUUUAUCAUCUUAGUCUUGUUUGUUUGCAUACCCGUUUGGUAUUGAGCUUAGCAUUUGCGCUCUCCCAUUCCUUAUUCUUGCUAUAGGAUUGUUGUGCUCCAGCCCACCUCAAACAGUUUGGUUUGUCAUUUCUUGUACAUAUACUGCAUUAUAGAGUUAUCAUGUUGCAAUUAUACAAGCUUUAUUUAUUAAAAAGUGGAUGAAGGACCAGCCAGUUGAAGUGGAUGCCCUCUUUGGUUUGGUCUAAUGUGUAAGAUAUGUAAUAAGGAAGCUUUCUUGAUUGUGUCAUGUCUGUAACCAUUCCUUGUAUCUGUUUGACUGGAGAUUGGGACCUGUAAUUGGUGUUUUAUUCUGUAAUAUAUAAUUCCCUUUUCUCCUUGUUGUACUUAUCUUGAGUUUUUCAGUUUCUCAGUCAUUUGCAACACUGUAAUUAAAAUGAGAAUGUAUGAUAGGCUUUGCAUGUUAGAAA